AUGCCCACAACCGCCUUCCUGGCUCUCCCAGCCGAGGUGCGCAUCAACAUCUACAACCACAUCUCGCCAGCCAACACCUCUUUCGCCUCAUACUCCGGUCUCCUCCAAACAUGUCACCUCAUCCGCAAAGAAUGGAAGCACGAAGCAAAGAAACGCAUAUUCAAAGAAUACACCCAACUCCGCGCUUUCCUCGCCACCCACAACAUACGCAUCCUGACGUCCGCCCGCGAUUCAUCCCAAAGAUCAAAGAUCGUACUCCGCCUCCCACCACUAGACCCCACGGCAAGUACCACCAGGCUGCCCAAUUUCAUUCCCUGGCACUGGUCCUGGAUCACCACCGUCAUCGUCAACUUUAGUAACGAGUGGCCGCGGCAUUACAGGUCGCAACUUGCCAUGUACAACCUGUACUGCGACACGCACAUGGACCUAUGUCGAGAUAUCCUGGCCCUAGGAGCACACACGAUUCCAGAGUACUACAAUAAGUUGUGCGAGACGACAAAUCGGACUACUAGUAUCAGGCACAUUAGUCUGCGCUGGUACAAUGUCCCCCGGGAUACGCGGAUUGGUCCAUCACGCUUCGGUGCUAUACCUGAGCCUUGGCUUCAGUAUGGCGAGGACUUUGAAGGGUGGGAGUAG